GCUUUACUGGUUGCCAUGUUUUUCUGCUCAUGUCUUUAUCAUUUGAAGGAUAUGGUUGCCAGAAUUGUAAUUUCCGAAUAAGGGUAGGCUCCGUUGUGAAAGAGGUGUAGCCAUAUCUGUUCCAGGCCAAGAAAGGUGGCGCCUGUCGGCCCCAAAAGGCAAAACACAUGUGGAACUUGAACGGCCCAACGUAUGACCUAACUAAUGUUGGACCUGAGGGCCUAAUACGGUUAGGCCUUAAUAGCCCAAAGGAGGUCGAGCCUUUCCUUCGGGCCUUUCAUGCCCCAGGUUGGCCUCAACGGCGACAAACCAGGAAGCCCCCUUUCCACAAAAAUCAUCGUAAUCCAGAAAGCAUCCUCCUUUUGUCCUAUUUUGUGCUUCACCAUUCGUUCAAGUCUUGUCAAAGAAGUUGGUUCAGUGUAGUAGACUUGCAUCAUCCUGCCUAAGCAGAGAGCGGUACUGAUGCAUCCGUGCAGCUCCCUGUUUUGAGGACAGCCUUAUUCGAGAACGGAGCACUGUGAAUUAAAACAUCCGAUAUGAGAAUCUUGACCAAUUUUCAGACUAACUGACAAUCCUGGAAACAAGAACUGAGGGGAAAUGGACGGUGCUUCUGCUAAUAGUGGUAACAGUUCUACAAGAUAUGGAAGGGAGAUGGCAUCAUCCAGCUUCCUACGGGCUCCAUUUGCAGCGAUCUUGGAGUUUUCAGGUCUUCUUGGAAGCAGCAGUGCCUCUGCAUCUGUUGCUAUUGCUAAUGAUGACUCUCACGCACAAUCCGCCCACCAGGAGGUAUCCAUCAGGAUACUUGGAAUUGAACCUGGAGAGAGCCACGACUCUGUAUCAGUUGACCUUGCAGAACAAGGCGCUGGCUUAACUGCUGCUGAUGUAAGUAGUGAAAGUGCAAUCGCCAACGGGGAGUCUGGGAGUCGAAGGGACUCAUCCACUUAUCAGAGAGAUGACGUACAUUGCUUGUCUAGGUGGAUUGAGCACAUUCUUCCUUUUUCUUUGCUUCUUCUUCUUGUUUUUAUUCGACAACAUUUGCAAGGCUUUUUUGCCACAAUCUGGAUUGCUGCAGUCAUCUUGAAAUCAGAUGAUAUUUUACAGAAGCGGGCAGCAUUAAAGGAGGAGAGAGAUUUAUAUUCUUUCGGCAUCACCAUUAGUUUCAUGCUCCAUGUGAUAUCUGUUUAUUGGUGGUAUCGAAAUGAUGACCUUCUGUACCUUUUGGUUCUACUCCCUCCAAAGAAGAUUCCGGCUUUCUGGCGCUCGAUAUUUAUCAUUAUGGUCAAUGAUGUUAUGGUGCAGCAGGCAGCCAUGGCCUUCAAAUGUGUACUUUUGAUAUGUAACAAGAACAGCAAAGGCCACAAUUACAGUAAGCAGGGUCAAAUACUAACUCUUGUUGAGUAUUUGAUGUUGCUAUACCGCAGUCUGUUGCCAACACCUGUAUGGUAUCGGUUCUUUCUAAACAAAGAAUACAGUCGGUUUUUUUCCUCAUUCACUAUGGGAUUGUACUUGACAUUCAAGCUUACAUCCACCAUAGAGAAGGUAUCAUUAUCCUUUGCUGCAUUGAGGGCCUUAUCACAUAAAGAGGUGCAUUAUGGAUCCCGUGCCACAUCUGAGCAGGUCAAGGCAGCUGGGGAUCUCUGCACCAUUUGCCAGGAGAAGAUGCACGCUCCAAUCUUGCUUCGCUGCAAACACAUCUUCUGUGAAGACUGUGUGUCAGAAUGGUUUGAACGAGAAAGGACAUGCCCUUUGUGUAGGACAUUGAUCAAACCAGCCAGUAUCAGAUCGUAUGCUGAUGGAUCAACAAAUCUAGUGUUCCAGUUGUUCUAAACCUGCCUGAUGUUGUGAAACCAGACGCCAUUCCAUAUAAUCUCUUUCAUGACCUCACUGUCACUGCUGCAUAUCAGCUGCAUUGCUGCUUUCGUGUUUAAGCAGCAGUAAUAUGAAGGACUCAACAGCAAUAGCCAAUAGGGGUUCAACUACGUGCCCAUAUAUUGUACUAUUUAUCA